CGGACUGUAUGGGAGGUUAAGCCUGUAAACACCAGCAUGGGAGCAAAACAGAUGAAAUGUCUCAGCUCAGCCAGCCCAGCUCACUCCCCCAAAGAGGAGUAUGUUAUCACCCAGCUCACUGACACCCCUAAAGAAGAAACAGUCCAUGAUCACCCUGAGAACCAGGGGGAACCUCAGGAUGACAAAUCUGAGCUGACAGAGAAGAAAUCUGUCACAGAGGAGGUGGCUCUUUGUGGAUUGUGUCCUUCCCUGGGGCACGAUGGGCAGGAGGAAGAGAAGUCCUGGGAGGAGCAGCUGGAUGCACACCAGGAGCAGCUGGAAAAGGAGAUGCAAGAAGCGAGAAGGAUGGUGUUCCGGUUACAGGCUCUGCUGCUCCAUGGCUCCCUCCCUGAGGAAGACCAGGAUGGAUCCGUGAGCUUUGGAGAUAACCGGGCUAACACCGAGCAGCAGCUGGUUCUCAUCCGCAGUCGUCUGGACCAAAGCAUGGAGGAAGCCCUUGAUCUCAAGAGGGAACUUCUGAGGCACAAACAGGAGACACGUCACAUUCAGGCCAUCAAGGAUGCUCUGCAGCAGCGCUUGGCAGUGCAGGAGGAUGCUGUGCUGCAGCUAAAGCAGGAACUACUGAGGUGCAACAUGGCCAAAGAUCAGCUGGAGGGGGAAAAUGCAGAGCUCAAACGCAAGCUGAGUGAAAGGAACAAAUUACUUAGCGAAUAUGAGCAGCAGCUCGGGAGGAAGGACAGAAUACUGCAGCAGCAGCAGCAAAAGCUUGAUGAAGCUCAGCACAAGGCACAUGAAGUCAGCCUGGGACGGGCGUUCAGGAGCGAGGGCAGCGGGUACAGUAACUCAGUCGCUUCGACAUCUCCUCCAGUGUUCCAGCACAGCGCACCAGGUGAAGAGCUGCAGGUCGUCAGGGAAGCACUUCGCAGUUUGAGGGACAGUUUUUCCGGCCAUGACCCCCAACAUCACACCCUGGACACUCUGGAGCAGGGCGUGGCCACUCUCAUGGACAGACUGCACUCUCUGGACACCCAGCGAAGACAGGACAGAGGGGAGGAAUUCAAAUCGCCAGGACGCAGAGCCAACUCGACAGACCGUGACUCCUGGCCGCCGAGCUCGAAAAUGGCGCACUCACACAGCAGCCCAGGACUGGAUACUGCCGUCUCCACUAAAGUGCUCUACUUCACAGAUCGCUCGCUCACUCCAUUUCUGAUUAACAUCCCAAAAAGGCUGGGAGAGGUGACACUGCGAGACUUCAAGGCAGCUGUAGACAGACAAGGCAGUUUCAGAUACCACUUCAAGGCCCUUGACCCAGAGUUUGGCACAGUGAAAGAGGAGGUGUUUCAGGAUGGAGCCGUUGUCCCUGGCUGGGAGGGGAAGAUUGUUGCGUGGGUUGAGGAGGAUCACGGGGAGCGGAGAUAGCGCCAAAAAACUAGAGAUCGUCACUACAAACCUCAGCUGUUCCCACUGGACCAGGAAGCUACUGAAAAUACUUCUGAUGCCAUAAGAAAGAAUAGUGUUACGACACAAAACUGGGACCAAUGGAGCUAACACCAUUAAGGUACAAAACAAAACCAUGUUUUAAAAGUGAAUGUUUCAUAUGAAGAAUCUAAACAUUUGGAUACAAUGUUUUUUUUCGUUUACGGACCGCAUGUCGCACAUUGUUUGCAGCUCAUAAAUAAGUUUGUGGGACUACCACGUAAUGGUCAGUAAAGUCAUACUUGAAUAAUAAAAUAAUGUUAGCUUUAUAUGAAAAAACAAGCUACGCUGUGCUUUAAAAAGCUGUAAUCAGUGCAUAGUAUGCAAACCUCAAAAAAAGAAAGAAAGAAGUGUUUAUUGACAUUUUCCACGUGUUCCAGAUUGCCAAACUCUGAUGUUGUUGUUCUGUAUCAAUUUUGAUGUUUUAAUAAACAUAAAUUAUUGCAUGGUUUGUUUUGUUGUCAAUUAUUCCCCCCUGCAU